GGCGGCGCGGAGAGACCGCGGUGUGCGGCGCGGUGCGGUGCGGGCAGCCCCCAGCCCCAGCCGAGCCUCCGCGGCAUGCCGGCCGCCGCGCCGCCCCCGCUCCACCCCGCGGCGGGCUCCUGCUGCCCCUACGGUCACUGCGCGGGACGCCGAGGCUUGUUUGGCCAUUCGUUACACAAUGCAAGCUCAAAAGUAAAAGAGAGGAAACUACAAGGGACUUGUCCUCCUGUUGGUCGUGGAAACUAUGGAAAACCAUGUUUGAGUGAAAGCACUCAUAGGUCCCCAUUUUUUAAUCCCCGUAAUAGUUUUCACACGAUACAUUCAGAACACAGCCCUGUGAAGCCAAGGAUUAUUACAGUGGUGAAACCUGGCGGACACACACUCAGAAGGAUAACCUUGCUUCUCAACAGGAGAUCGGUUCAGACCUUUGAACAGCUGAUGGCUGACAUAUCAGAAGCUCUGGGAUUUCCACGCUGGAAGAAUGACCGUGUGAGAAAGCUUUACAAUCUGAGAGGCAGAGAAAUCCGAAGCGUUUCUGACUUCUUCAGGGAAGGUGAUGCAUUCAUAGCCAUGGGGAGGGAGCCCCUCACUUUGAAGAACCUGGAGGUGGUAUUACAAGAACUUUAUCCUGAAAAUCCAUAUGCUGCCAGUGCUGCCAUUCAGGAGAAUGAGGAGCAGUCCCAAAAACUGAAGAGCAGGCUGUAUGACAAGGCUUCAAAAGUGGACAGUGGCUUUGAUGAGACAGAAAUUACCAAGAACUGCAGUGAAGACAUGUCUCCCAAACUGGUAGUUGGACAUGAAGGAAAAAGUCAAGCCAAGACAAAGCAAGAAGAAAAAAUGAGAAUCAAAAAAAAGUGGACUAGAGAGAGCUGGGGUAGUGAGCAAGGAGUGAAGCCUUCUAGAAAAACCCGAGAAAGCGAUAGGUACCUUAACCAUGAGAGGAGUCCUGAGGAGGGAUUAGAAGAGAGUUCAGAGGAGGUGGUGAGGUGUGAGAAGUGCGAACAGGAAAGGCAGGCCAGACAAAAGUUACAAAGGGAAAGGCAGGCUGAGGUCUCGUUUGAGAACAGAGACCUGAACACAGGUGCAUGUCAGAGGUACCAUGUAGAAAGAAAUGCAAAGAUCAGGAAUUGCCGAAAAUCUUCAGAAACUUGUCUGGAAGGUGAGGAAGUUGGUUGGAAAGAUAAUGGCUGUAGGAGGACAUGGAAGUCCCUACAUAGGAAUAUUAAUGAAGGGCUGGAGAAGCAAAAAAGGAGCAUUGAGAAGGAAAGGGAUGUGGAGAAACAUGAAAACCAUGGGAAGGAAGUAGUAAAAAUCAAGAAGAAUGCUCUAGAAGGGCUGCAGCUAACUCAUGAAACAAAGGAAGAGGAUGGAAGUAGCUGUGUAAUGAACCAAAGUGGUUGGCUAAAGAAAGACACUCUGAGGGAUGCUGAGAAACCAUCUAAAACACAUAGGGAGGGCAGAGAGGGACAAAGGGCUAAAGAGGAGGGUGCCAGAAGAGAGGGGAAUAUCAUGCGUAGAGAGAGUGACUUGAUGCGACGAGAAAAAACAGGGGAGCGCAGAGUGAAUAAAGAAGAAAACAGGGCUCAGGGACUGGAAAACACAAGCCGGAGGCAUGCCAUUAAAAACAGAACUGAUGUGGAAAAACACUAUGAGAUUGGCAGAACUAUCGGGGAUGGGAACUUUGCAGUGGUGAAGGAAUGUCGGCACUGUGACUCCAAUCAGAUCUAUGCUAUGAAAAUUGUUGAUAAAUCCAAGCUGAAGGGGAAAGAGGACAUGAUGGAAAGUGAAAUUCUGAUCAUUAGGAGUCUCUCUCAUCCCAAUAUAGUAAGCUUAAUUGAAGUGUAUGAGACAGAAGCUGAGAUCUACCUAAUCCUAGAGUAUGUCCCAGGAGGGGACUUAUUUGAUGCAAUCAUAGAAAGUGUGAAGUUCACAGAACAUGAUGCUGCUGUCAUGAUCACUGACCUGUGUGAAGCACUGGUUUAUAUCCACAGCAAGAACAUUGUCCACAGGGACCUCAAACCAGAGAAUCUUUUGGUUCAGCAUAAUGCAGAUAAGUCUACUACACUGAAACUAGCAGAUUUUGGCCUUGCAAAGCAAGUUACAAAACCCAUAUUUACUGUGUGUGGAACACCAACGUAUGUUGCCCCUGAAAUACUUGCUGAGAAGGGCUAUGGGCUUGAAGUAGAUAUGUGGGCAGCUGGAGUGAUCCUUUACAUUCUGCUCUGCGGUUUUCCCCCUUUUCGCAGUCAGGAACGUGAUCAGGAAGAGCUGUUUCAGAUCAUACAGCUGGGUCACUAUGAGUUCCUUUCCCCAUACUGGGACAAUAUUUCUGCAGCAGCAAAAGACCUCAUAACCAGGCUGUUGAUAGUGGAUCCCCAGAAGCGCUACACAGCACGACAAGUGCUUCAGCACCCUUGGAUCAGAACAGCUGGAAAAACUAACAGCAGAAAUUUGCAGAGGGAAGUGACAAUAAACAUCGAGCGUCAUUUCCGGGCCCAGCGCCGGAAGGAAGUUGUGGAUGAGGACACAUGAAAUGUCUUUAAGCUCUUUUAGUCUUCUUUUUAUUGAUUAACAAAUUAUUUAUGUUUUCUUUUCUAAAUUAAUUGGGCCUUUAGUGUAUAGCUGUUGCUGGCCAUUGCCAUGCCUUUUUUUUUUUUUUUGAUUCUGAGUCUCUGAAGGACAGAGAUCAAAUUUGCAUCUACUUCCCUCUGAUGUUACUUAGGAGUCUCUCUGUUGACAGCAGUGGGGACUAGAUAUUUCCUGGAGGGUAUCUAUUAUUUUUCUUUUAAUACUGAUUUGGGCUUUUACAUUAUGUAUCUCUUUUAGAUGACAAAUAUUUGCUUCUGUGGCUGACACUACCGAUGACUGUGAAAUGUUUUCUUUUGUCUCUCUUUGUAUGAUAACUUCCAGGAGUUUUGUGUUUAUAAUGUUUUGUGUUUAUAAUGUUUUCAAAAUAGCUGUCUGCAUACACAUCCUGCACUAAUUCUCUAAACUGUCUUUUCACCAAUUCUUGCUAGCAAUAGGGAAGGUGAAGGAAUUUAAAAAAAGUAAAUAUAUUCUUUAGCUGUAGGAUAUGUUAAAUAAGCAGCAAGAUACUAUUUAUUAAGUUGUGAGGGAAGAAACAUCUUUAUAGACUAAAUCGGAUAUUUUAUGAUAUCUCACUUGGCAACAUCUUUCAUUGGAUGUUCUCAUGGACAGAGCAAUAGACUGUACAAUGUUUCUGUGAAAACUAUGGUAGUGCUGUCCAGUAUGGUAGUUUUGUUUAUGAGAAGAAGUAGGAAGAUAUCAUGGCUGAUACCUUUUCAAGACUGUAAUAACAGCUUUCAAAGUGCUUUUCUUCCUACUCUGGGAAGUAGGAAGUCAAGCAAUUCUAAGGGAACUUUGGUUCUUUUCCCAAAGGUGUCUUUAUGGAAUGAUAACCCAAGUGUUUUUUCAUACUUAUUUUUUUCUUAGGAGACAUCCUCAUGCAUCUGUGGCUCUUCUGUGGUGAUGGAGAAGAGAAAGCUGGGAAUCUGCUUUUGUGACUUAAGUUAACCCUUACCUUCAUGGUUCCCCUUUCAUCAAUACACUUCACAGCUGAAUUGCUUUUAUACACUUUUUCAGUGUAGUUUAGCAAUUGUUUGGUUGUUUGGUUUUGUUUUUUUUGUGUUUUUUUUCCCUGUUACCUUCUCUGGGAACUCUUUCUCCUUGCUUCCAUGAGAAUGGGCAAUGCAAUGAAAUUACAUUAAAAUUCAACUUGGGGAAAAACAACAACUUGUUGGCUAUGGAAAGGUCUCCCAGGGGAAGUGUCAGAUUCUUCAUUGCAUAUGUUUUUUGUAAUUUGAUUGGAUGCAUUUUUAAAGAAAUCCUGGGGGGAAAAAUACAGUCCUGAGAAGGGCUAUGACCUAGAACAGCUUUUGAAUCUCAGAAUUUUUGGUUAACUAAUCAAAUCCGAAAAGCACUUGAGUUGUCUGUUUUAUAAUGCUUUGUCCACAAGUUCCACGCACUAGCAAAUAAUAUCGAUGUUAAAAUAUCAGUGGUAUUAGCAUUGAAUUCAUAGCUUGUAGAAAUGAAUGAGGGUAUUUUACAGUUGCAGAGCUGCUGGUCUGCCUAUGUAUUUCAUAAUGAGAAAUGUCAGAAACAUUUCAGAAUCAGUAGAACAUUUUCAUAACUAUAUGAACCAGAAUGUUAUUUUUGGUGAGUGCUAAUAUUUUGUGUGAACUUUCUGAAUUACCAAAAUGUGUGGGGUACUGUCAUCAUGUUUGUGUUUCAACUUGUGACUGUUUUGCUGCAAAAAUGAUGGAUGAAAGUAGAGACAACUUGGCUCUUAAAGGAGAAUUGCACUUUCAAUUGAACUGGCUUAUUUUUAAUACAUAUUGGAAUAAGACUUGCUGUGGAGUUCAAGAAUUUGUGGAACAAACCAGUCAAAUCUUUACUGUAUGCCCAAGCAGUAUCUAUAUGAUAUGUCAUACCUCUCCUUUAGAGGCCCUGAGUCAGGAAGACUUUCCCUUUUCCUGAAAACAAGAAUGGAUUUAAGUGCUUUCCUGAGUUAAGGCUAUGUGUAACCUAAUAUUCUAAAAGCAUUGCGUGGUCUUUGAGUACUAGUAAUAACUUCUCCUCUGUUAAUUUAAGUCUAUUUUGGAUAGGAAACUGUUGAAAAAUAGCUUCUGACUUGCAAUAUUAUAUUUUGUAAUUAUCUUAUUUUUAAUAUAGUCAUUUAGGAAUAAAGUUUGAAGUGACAAAAAGAAUAUUUUAUCAGCAGUGAAUCUGACAGUUUGGAGAUUGUUAUGAGUUGCCUUUUUCACCUUUAAGAACCUGUCUACAGCCUCAUUCAUAGUGCAGAAGAUAGAGAAUUUGUUUGUAAUGAAUAUACUAGUAGUAUUUUUUCAAAGAUUUUGUUUUUCUCUCACAUUCUCUGGGUCCCAGACAGAGUAAAUAUGGACUGUGCUGUGUACUGUCACCGCAUUGCAUCUGUAAGUACAGACCGUGCUGUGGCAGUGCUGAGGGACUGGUUUGUUGGUGUUGCUAAUAGGCAUUUGGCAUUAGGCCCUCCUUCUUCAGGUUGGAGGCUGAAAAAGUUUCCAGGUUCUUCUCAGGGUUUUUGCCUUUUUCUUUCUUUCUCCUACUUAGAUAUUCCUUUUCUCCCAUUGCUUGCAGAGUUCUUGCUCUACCUCUGCGCUGUUCUAAGGAGUCUAGGUCCUCAGUCGUUACGGUUUAAGUUGCUUGAAGCAGUGAGAACACAUACAAUUUUGGAGAGCUCAGCUUCAAGCAUUGCUUGCUGAUGUUGAAAGUUAUUAAGAUUAGAGAGGACUCAGACGGAAAAAAAGGUGAAUAUCCCUUAUUGGUCUCAAAGAUCUCCAGUGUCCCCUCAUCUCCUACUGCCUUUUCUCAACCUUUUCUUUUCCCACUGUAUGACAUUCCAACACAGACCUGAUCUUUACGCUCUGUAAGAUAGUUUCUGAUACAUGAACCAAAUUCACACUCUAGGGAUGAGAAUUUUUGCUGUUCUUACUUCCUUUCCUGAGAUUUUUCUAAAGAUUACUGUCUCCUUGGGUUCUACAGUCAUCUUCCCCUUACGCUUGCAUUUCUUGAUUGGUUCUGUUGUCUACAGGAAGUCUGAGGAAGCUCAAAGCUGGGGAAGAUUAAAGUCUCACAGAGACCAAGUUCUUGCUGAUUCCUUAGGAAGAAGAAAUAUCCCUCCUUGCCCUUCAUUAAAUCUUUGUGAUUUAGACUCUCAUAUGGCCUUAUAUUCCACUGAAAGUAAAACAAGUUACAGUGUCCCUAGCUCCUUAGAUAGUAACAAUGAAGAAAGUCAGAAUAUACCACCAAGAAAAACAAACAAAAAACCCCCAAAAGCUAAUUCAUAUUGCAGACCUCAAUAGAAAAGAUCCACUUACAGAGGAUUUGCUAAGUCUAAGGCAAAAGAAGGGAAAAACCUGUUUGUUUCCUGCAAGCUUUUGCAAAUCAGCUGAGUAGGAAUCCUUUCAUGCCUCUUAAAAGUGUUGGUUGAUUUCCUAUCUCACAACCAGAGAUCUUGACUGAGCUCUAGUUAUUCCAGGGUUAUUUCAUUACUACCUGGUAUUGACAUUCCAAAAUUUUUCUCAAUUUAGAAACCAGAGACCUUGACUCUCCGUCAUCUUUACCCAUAGGCUUGGCUAUUCUCUACUUGGUUGCAGUUUUUAAGCACACUCUCAUAUUUUCAUGCCCUAACUGUAAGACUUCUCAGACUUUUGAGGCACCAAAAUCCAAACAUAUAGAAUUGGGUCAUCUGUAUUUAAUUUCCUAGUGACACACAUGCCUCAUAGAGUUGCUUUAUUAUUAUUAUUUUUUUUUUAUUACUGGGUCAGCACUUUAAAGCAUAGUCAAAAAUUUCAACUACAGUAGUGACGAAGAUGGUCACUGCAGGAUAGCUGGGGUCUACGUGAGGAUGUGCUACUCCUAGAGAUCAGCCAAGAAGUCCUAUGAAGCAUUUUGAGCAUCCUUGAAAGCCAAUGUUACUAGCUUUGUGCAUCAUAAACUUUACUUGGCUGUGUUAGGAAUUUCUGAACAUUAAGUCCAGGCUUUUAGUGACUGCCUGUGGACUGACAAACUAAGUAGUAGCUCCCUCCAGUGGUAGACUUUCCGCUGUCUAAAGAUAAAGUGGUCCCUGGAUGUCCCCCUCCAUUUGUCCACCAAGGUCAACUUCUUCACUUUCAUAUAUGCUAUUACAUUUCAUUGAUCCUAGACCUAACCUACCUAUUUUAUAUUACCAGUCAUCUACCUACUGUCAUCUACUUCUCUUCUCUUGGAUGACUCCCAUUACUGAAAGACGGUGAAAUCUUCACAAAUUAAUAUGUUUUUCUUCAGGAAAUUCUGGCCUUAGAAAUGGGAAAUAGGAAUGGAGCCACUGCAGGAAAUGAGCAAAAAUUUUUGAAAGUAUUUAGGCAUCUGAAAGUGUGCAAGAGAUACUAGCGUUUCACACUGCAUAGUGCAUAACUGCCUUAAAAUGAACAAUGGGAAUUUGGUCCUUGCUUGUAUUGUUAGUCACCUAAUAUCUAAAAAUGUGUCCCCAAGAGGCUUGUGAUUGAAACUUGGCAGUACAGCAGAGACUCUGUUUCCUCUGAGACACAGAUGCUUUAACUUCUUUUAUUCAGGGAUCCCUCUUCUUCAUCUAAGAUUGUUUAGCUACUCUGUGGAAUAGCUGAACUCAAACCCCAUUAAAUCUGCCAUCUCUAUUCUGACUGGCUUUAUAGGUGGGCAUUUCAUAUCUCUGUUACUGCAAUUUUUUGGCUGUAGGGUGAAAGAGGGAUAGUGGGAUGUUACCCUCUGAGCUUGGGCCUUUUGGGGUUAUGGUCCUAUUGUGAAAGUGAAAUUUCCAGAGCUGACUGCUUGCUUUUCUGCAAGUAUCCAGAUUUGGGGUGGUAUUCAGUCUGCUUGAGAAUAUAGUAAAUUUGCUGUGCUUAUGAACUGAUCUUCCCAAAGACAAGUAAGUUAUCAGUCUGAAGUCUUUCUCCUACCAUUUCUUCUGUCGCCUAGAGUUCUCUUUAAAUUAAGCAAUGUAUGGAAAAUGUUUUUUAUGUUUCUGGGCAUGCAUUUUUCUGUCCUCUGAGUCUACCAGUACAAAUCUUUACUGUUGACAUUCUUGCUCCUGAAGGGAAUAUGGGCACUUUAACUGGGCUGACAGUGUAUAUUAGCUCUGUUUGUUCUACAAUAUGAUUUAUUUGCAACUAGGCUGAAGAUAUCAUUUUCUAAAUUAAAAUAUGUUAUAGACUUCAGCAGAAAAGUGGUUGUUCCUCCCCACCCCAAUAAAGGCAAACUAUUUAGUGGAUGUUAUACUUCAAUAUUCUUUCCAAUAAAUUGGGAAACAAUUGCA